UGCAUGCAUCACAUGGCGGGUUCCGAAUUUCGGUACGCCAAGUUAGUGGUCGCCGCAGAUUUCGGUGGCGUGCGAUGACGACACCGCUGGACGCGUUGUCGGGGGACAUGGAAAUCGUCGAGCUGCUCUCGACAGUGUUUAGCGAAGAGUACACACGAGGCGUCGCGGCGUCGGCGCACGCGGCCGCGACGCCGCCACCCGACACCCGACCGCGAAAAGUGUGCCAAACCGACGGCUGCCACCGUACGAUCGUGAGCAAAGGAAGCUGCAUCCGCCACGGGGGCGGAAAGCGAUGCCAGGUUGACAAGUGCGACAUAGGCGCCAAAAGCAAUGGGGUGUGCUGGAAGCAUGGCGGGUCCCGAACGUGCAAGUGGAGCGACUGCACAAACCACUCCAAGGCCCGCGGGCUCUGUUGGACGCAUGGCGGAGGCAAACCGUGCGCAACCCCAGACUGCAAUCGCACAUCGCUGCAAGGCGGCCACUGCUGGGCCCACGGCGGCGGUACAUCUACAACGAGAUCUGUCGCGAUAUAGUUCAUGCGGUUGUGCGCAGGCAAGCGAUGUAACCAAGACGGGUGCCAACGCCCAGCCUACGAGCGAAAUCUCAACUUUUGCACCAUUCACAGCACCCAACGGCCGACACCACCGUCCAACGGGACGGGCGGAGACUGAAGGAUUGCAUGCCCGUGUAGAGGGGAGUUAGUCUCUUACAAAAACACGUCGUGGACCAGGAUCGUGAGGCUCGGAACUCCAAGCACACUCCUCGUUAAGUUUCAAAUACUCACGACGCUGGAUAUGUGGUCCAUACCCAAAC